AUGUCUUCUACCCCGUCCCACUCCGACUCGAGCAACGACGACGAACGUGGUCCAUCUCCGUCAACCACGCCAAAGAAGACUACGGCCUUAACCGGCCCGAAGAAGGCCGUGAUCGCAACGGCAUCAACAUCGAGGGCAGCGGCUCCCGCAGCCAAGACCGCCAAGCCGGCUACCACCGACAAGGGCAAACAGCCCGCGCACCCCACCAUGAGCACGCGCAGAAACCCGGCCCCACAGAUUGCACUGCCGAUCGCCGAACCUAUGGACGACGACGCCGCCGCUCCACAGCCGCCGGUCCGCCCUCCUCUCGAUCACUCGGGCAAGGUCCAAGUGGCCGUCCCGUUAAAGAAAUCAGACCCGUACGAGGUCAUGGUCGCGUGCCUACAGAGCCAAUACCAAAAGGUCACGGCAAUGUCGGGCACCGACAAGCUCCGAAAAACAAAGGAGAAUGGCAACAACUGGUGGUCCUGGAAACGACGUGCGACCAGCAUGUUCGAGGUCACCGGGUGCCUGAAAAUAGCCAAUGGUGAUUGGCCG